GAAAGGAGGAUCGAAGGGGGCCCGGCGAGACAAAAUACCCUUCACCUAUGGCUGUUUAGAGCAGAUCGGGCACAUUUGGGAUUGUAGAAGGGACAUCGUUUUCAAAUAAGCAGAGGUCGCCCCGGGUUUUGUGCACAUUUGUGGGCGCCCGACCAUGGAGAGGCCAAGGUGGUCCCCAAUGUGGAAAACGAAAAGGUGGCUUUUGGAUUCCACUGUUUUCAAAUGCAUCACAGUUUCCCUCGUCCUGGUUCUGCAAGCUCCAAAUGUCAGAGCAGCAGAACCUGUGGAUGUCCUAAAAGUAUUAGAAUUUCCCACUGUCCCAGAAGGACUACAGAAAACUUCAGGAUUUUGCACAAACCGAAGAGCAUCACAGCCGGACACGGCCUACAAAAUAGGCAAGAAUGCUCAGAUCAGUGCCCCAACCAAGCAGCUUUUCCCAGAUGGUGUGUUCCCUGAAGACUUUUCCAUCCUAACCACCAUCAAGCCCAAAGCUGGAAUCCAGUCCUUCCUUUUGUCCAUCUACAAUGAGAAAGGCGUCCAGCAACUAGGCGUGGAGGUGGGCCGCUCACCUGUCUUCCUGUAUGAGGAUCAGACAGGCAAGCCUGCCCCCGAGGAUUACCCGCUGUUCCGCUCCCUCAACCUGGCCGACGGAAAGUGGCAUCGUGUAGGCAUCAGUGUUGAGAAGAAGACCGUGACCAUCAUUGUCGACUGCAAGAAGAAGCUCACAAAGCCCUUGGGCAGGAGUGACCAUGCUGGAAUUGACACCAAUGGUAUAACUGUUUUUGGAACCAGGAUCCUGGAUGAGGAAGCGUUUGAGGGUGACAUCCAGCAACUGCUGAUUGUGGCCGACCCUAAAGCAGCUUACGACUACUGUGAACACUACAGCCCAGACUGUGACGUCCCCCACAAGGACACACUGCAAGCACAGGAGCCCGGAGAGGAGUACACAACUGCUGUUGAUUACGGUGAUUUAUAUGAUUAUUAUGAGGGAGCGACCCCCACAGCGACAGAUGAAUAUUCUGAGCCGCAGCCUAACAAUGUAGAUGGGGAGUACUAUACAGACAGUGAACUUGACUACGGAACAGUAGAUGCUUCCAAAACUCAGUCUCCUGUCGCAACCACUGGACCAAACCAGGCUGUGGAAGAGGAAGUUUUCAGUGACUAUGUCACUGAGACGGCCCAGGCUGGUCUGGAUCUGACUGCUGCCCCAGAAGCCGCGCUGCCCAGCGGCACCGCCGACCCCAUCGGAGUGGACGCGUAUGACUUUAAGGAGUAUGAUCUUAAGGAAUAUGAUGUGACUGGGGUUGACAAAAAUCAAUAUGAGUAUGGGGCAUACGAUGAGUUUGGCAAUGUGGCUCCAAAUCCUACGUCCAAUUACGAGGACAGUUUCGGGCCAGGGGUUGCCGCCGAAACCGACAUCGCUGAAACAGAAGUGACGUCGGACUUGGGUGGUGGUGCUGCUCUGGGUCAGAAGGGAGAAAAAGGAGAACCUGCAGUGAUUGAGCCGGGAAUGCUGAUUGAAGGACCUGCUGGACCACCUGGACCUGCUGGUCUUCCAGGCCCUCCAGGUUUACAUGGCCCCCCUGGUUCAGCUGGAGAUCCUGGUGACAGGGGUCCUUCCGGCCGUGCUGGUCUUCCUGGAGCGGAUGGCUUGCCAGGCCCCCCUGGUACUAUGCUGAUGCUGCCAUUCCGGUUUGGUGGUGAUGGGGAAAAGGGUCCAGUGGUGUCGGCUCAGGAGGCCCAGGCUCAGGCCAUUCUCUCUCAGGCCAGGCUCGCCAUGAGAGGUCCAUCAGGUCCAAUGGGUCUCACAGGACGAUCUGGCCCAGUGGGUCUUCCAGGAGCUUCUGGGCUGAAGGGAGAUAGUGGAGACCCUGGUCAUCAGGGUCCGAGGGGUAUCCAAGGCCCACCAGGGCAAAUGGGAAAAUCUGGCAAGAGAGGUCGUGCUGGAACCGACGGGGCCCGUGGAAUGCCUGGAGAAUCUGGAUCUAAGGGUGACAGAGGUUUUGAUGGGCUUCCAGGUCUGCCUGGUGAGAAGGGACACAGGGGUGAGAACGGUCCUCCUGGUCCCUCUGGACCUCUCGGAGAGGACGGACCAAGGGGAGAAGAUGGAGAGAUUGGACCAAGAGGACUUGCUGGUGAGAGUGGGCCACGAGGUCUGCUCGGCCCUAGAGGCCCUCCUGGACCUCCUGGACAACCUGGCAUUGCUGGUGUUGAUGGCCCACAUGGUCCCAAAGGAAACAUGGGACCUCAGGGAGAGCCGGGCCCUCCUGGUCAACAGGGAAUCCCAGGAGCACAGGGUCUUCCAGGUCCACAGGGCCCCAUCGGACCGCCUGGAGAAAAAGGCCAGUCCGGUCCCCAGGGCCCCAUCGGCUAUCCUGGCCCUCGCGGUGUGAAGGGUGCUGAUGGCGUUCGUGGACUGAAGGGAGGCAAAGGAGAGAAGGGCGAGGAUGGUUUCCCGGGUUUCAAGGGAGACAUGGGUCUCAAAGGCGACAGGGGUGAGCUUGGAUUGGCCGGACCCAGAGGUGAGGAUGGACCAGAGGGUCCGAAGGGUCGUGCAGGUCCUAAUGGUGAAUCUGGAGCCCUGGGACCUGCUGGAGAAAAGGGCAAACUUGGUGUUCCGGGAUUACCCGGCUAUCCAGGACGUCAAGGACCAAAGGGUUCGACCGGUUUCCCCGGAUUCCCAGGAGCCAAUGGAGAGAAAGGAGGCAGGGGAGUUGCAGGGAAACCCGGUCCAAGGGGUCAAAGAGGUCCGACGGGCCCCCGUGGUGCACGCGGUGCCAGAGGUCCAACAGGAAAGUCAGGCCCUAAGGGCACAGCGGGCAACGACGGUCCACCUGGCCCACCCGGCGAGAGAGGACCUCAAGGGCCUCAGGGUCCCGUUGGUUUUUCAGGACCAAAGGGCCCUCCUGGACCACCUGGAAAGGAUGGGCUGCCCGGUCACCCUGGCCAACGGGGAGAGACUGGUUUCCAAGGCAAAACUGGCCCACCAGGACCUGGAGGUGUUGUUGGACCACAGGGUCCAACAGGAGAAACCGGCCCUAUUGGUGAGAGAGGACAUCCUGGACCCCCUGGACCCCCCGGAGAGCAAGGUCUUCCAGGUGCUGGUGGAAAAGAAGGUGCAAAGGGAGAUCCAGGUCCUCCGGGCAGUCCAGGAAAAGACGGUCCUCCGGGACUGAGAGGGUUCCCAGGAGAGAGAGGUCUUCCUGGAGUGACGGGUUCACCUGGUUUGAAAGGAGCCGAGGGCCCUCAGGGCCCCCCUGGUCCUGUUGGUUCCCCUGGUGAGAGAGGAGCAGCAGGACCUGCUGGCCCCAUUGGCCUGUCCGGACGUACUGGACCUCAGGGACCCCCGGGACCAGCUGGAGAGAAGGGUGCACCGGGAGAGAGAGGUCCUCCAGGUCCAGCCGGUCGGGAUGGAGUACAAGGUCCAGUUGGUCUGCCAGGUCCAGCAGGACCUCAGGGUCCACCUGGAGAAGAUGGUGACAAGGGAGAAGUGGGAGAACCAGGCCAGAAAGGAAGCAAAGCUGACAAAGGCGAACAGGGUCCACCAGGUCCACCUGGUCUUCAGGGAACUAUUGGAGCUCCUGGACCUGCUGGAGGUGAUGGUGAACCAGGUCCUCGUGGACAGCAGGGUAUGUUUGGACAGAAGGGAGAUGAAGGAUCCCGAGGCUUCACUGGACCUCCUGGUCCCAUCGGUCUGCAGGGUCUUCCUGGACCAUCUGGUGAGAAAGGAGAAAAUGGAGACGUUGGUCCUAUGGGUCCCCCUGGCCCACCUGGUCCCAGAGGUCCUCAAGGUCCUGCCGGUGCUGACGGUCCACAAGGUCCUCCUGGUGGAAUAGGAGGAAUGGGAUCUGUAGGUGAGAAGGGUGAGCAAGGAGAAGCUGGAAACCCUGGACCUCCUGGCGAGCCUGGACCUGGGGGCCCAAAAGGUGAGAGAGGAGAGAAAGGUGAAGCUGGUCCCUCUGGUGCUGCUGGACCUGCAGGUCCCAAAGGACCCCCUGGAGAUGAUGGACCCAAGGGUAAUCCUGGCCCUGUUGGUUUUCCUGGAGACCCAGGUCCACCUGGUGAGCCAGGUGUUGCUGGAAUAGAUGGAGGCCCAGGAGAAAAAGGAGAGGAUGGAGAGUCUGGUCAACCUGGACCUCCUGGUCCCUCUGGAGAAGCUGGCCCACCAGGACCUCCUGGCAAAAGAGGACCCCCGGGGGCUCUUGGAGCUGAAGGCAGACAAGGAGAGAAGGGCGCCAAGGGUGAGGCAGGAGCUGAAGGUCCACCAGGUAAAACUGGGCCAGUUGGCCCUCAGGGCCCUCCUGGAAAGCCUGGUCCUGAAGGUCUACGAGGAAUCCCUGGUCCUGUGGGUGAACAAGGACUUCCUGGUGCUCCUGGACAAGACGGCCCACCUGGACCAAUGGGACCUCCUGGUCUCCCAGGCCUGAAAGGAGACCCCGGCUCUAAGGGUGAGAAGGGUCACCCCGGUCUUAUCGGUCUCAUCGGACCCCCCGGCGAGCAGGGAGAGAAGGGAGAUCGGGGUUUGCCUGGUCCUCAGGGCACUGCUGGCAGCAAGGGUGAUUCGGGUAUCAGUGGUGCUUCUGGUCCGUUUGGUCCACCUGGUCCUCCUGGAUUGCCUGGUCCACAAGGGCCAAAGGGAUCCAAGGGUUCGACUGGUACUGCUGGUCAAAAGGGAGACACUGGCUCAUCUGGACCUCCUGGUCCUCCUGGGCCUCCUGGUGAGAUCAUCCAGCCUCUGCCUAUCCAGAUGCCCAAGAAGUCCCGUCGCUCCAUCGACAUGCAAGCGGACGAGGCCGGCACCAUGCUGGACUACGGAGAGGGCAUGGAAGAUAUCUUCAGCUCCUUGAAUAACCUCAAACAGGACAUCGAGCGCAUGAAGUACCCCAUGGGCACGCAAAACAACCCCACACGAAGCUGUAAAGACCUACAGCUCGCUCACCCAGAAUUCCCAGAUGGUGAAUACUACAUCGAUCCCAACCAGGGAUGCUCCGGGGACUCCUUCAAAGUGUACUGCAACUUCACAGCGGGAGGCGAGACCUGCAUCUUCCCUGAUAAAAAGUCAAAUGGAGUGAGAAUAUCUUCAUGGCCCAAAGAGGUUCCUGGCUCCUGGUUCAGUGAAUUUAAGCGUGGCAAAAUACUUUCAUACGUUGACGCAGAAGGCAACUCGAUAAACAUGGUCCAGAUGACCUUCCUCAAACUACUGACAGCCUCCGCCAGGCAAAACCUGACCUACAACUGCCACCAGUCUGUCGCCUGGCACGACGCCACUACGGACAGCUACGAUAGGGCACUACGCUUCCUCGGCUCCAAUGAUGAGGAGAUGUCAUAUGACAACAACCCCUUCAUCAAGGCCCUGUCAGACGGCUGUGCGAUGAGGAAGGGCUACGGAAAGACGGUACUGGAGAUUAACACUCCCAAGAUCGAUCAGGUUCCGAUCAUCGAUGUGAUGUUCACUGACUUUGGGGAUCCUAACCAGAAAUUUGGAUUCGAAGUUGGUCCAGUCUGCUUCCUUGGCUAAAAAACACAGACAAAGAAAAAAAUACCAAUAACUUGGCAGGGUAGGACGGGUUAGCGCAUGAGUCAAGACUUUUUUUCUUGAUCUCAUCAAACCAUCAAGCCCCUGUUCCUGCCACAUGCAAGUUUUGAAUAAAAAAAAUGGGGUAGCGAACACGUCUUACCUUGUAUGUAUGUAUUACCCAGGAAAAUACUUGUUGCCCUUGUAGGGCAAGGAUCACAUGAAACCUGCUAUGGAAUGAAAAGGUGAAGGACAACGUCAAGCCAAGGCAAUCGGUGAACCUGGGAGGUCCACGAGACGGAGAAAGGGAGGACCUCUCAUCCGGAGUCUAUCGGUGCAGCGCAAAAAAGAAAAAAUAAAUUAAAAGAAAAAAAGAUGACAACAAUGGUGCUUGUUCAAAAUACA